AUGUCUGCUUUAUCACCUAAUGAAGGCAGCAGUGGAGCAGUACGUGAGAAGGAGGCUGUUGUGGAAGAAGUCUUGUCUGGCUCUAUUUCAUCUAGUGGUAUAGAUGUACCACAGCAGAUAGAAACAGCCGGCUCACCGACAUAUCCCCCACUCGCCAAAACCAUUCUCGUCGCUCUCGCUUUGUACAUUGCUGUAUUCCUCGUCUCACUGGACCGUCUGAUCGUGGCUACGGCAACUCCGAAGAUCACAGAUCAUUUCCAUAGUAUUGGCGACAUUGGCUGGUAUGGAAGCUCCUAUAUGUUAGCAGCGUCUGCAUCUCAGCUUACAUACGGUCGCAUCUACACUUUUUAUCCCAUAAAAUGGGUUUUCCUUCUCUCCAUCUUUGUUUUCGAGGUCGGCUCCGCUAUCUGCGGUGCUGCGCCCUCCUCCUUCAUACUCAUCCUGGGCCGCGCGAUCGCAGGCCUCGGAACAGCAGGCAUAUACUCCGGAGCUGUUAUUAUCAUCGCUCUUACUGUGCCCCUCCGCUUGCGACCGGUGUUUCAAGGAGCCGUCGGUGCUAUUAUCGGCGUAUCAUCAGUGUUGGGCCCGAUUCUUGGUGGAGUAUUUACCACAGAAGUCAGCUGGAGGUGGUGUUUCUACAUCAACUUGCCCCUGGGAGGGCUUGCGGUGGUCGCUAUAUUCUUUCUGCUGGACGUUCCUCCACCUGAAAAGGGGGACUGGAGCCUCAGAGAGAAGUUCAAUCAGCUCGACCCCAUCGGAAACCUGCUAAUGGCUCCUGCUGUAACCUGUCUCCUUCUUGCACUUCAAUGGGGCGGUACCACGUACGACUGGAGCAACUGGCGCAUUAUCUUCCUAUUCGGUAUGUUCGGGACGUUAUUCGGCAUCUUUGCAUUUGUAGAGUACCGCCUCGAGGAGAAAGCAAUGGUUCCCCCUCGCAUCUUUAAACAACGUUCAGUCCUUGCAGGAAUUGUGUUCACCAUGUGUACUAGUGCAAGCACUAUGGUCAUGCUUUACUACCUUCCGAUCUGGUUCCAAGCCAUCAAGAACGUCGAUGCCGAAAAAUCGGGCAUUAUGAAUCUCCCUCUCGUGCUCGCCAUGGUGGUAGGCUCCAUCGGUUCUGGCUCCCUCGUCAGCCUUCUGGGUUACUACAACCCCUUCAUGUUUGCAGGCGUUAUUUUCAUGUCCAUUGGAGCUGGACUACUCAGUACAUUUCAACCGGACGCCGACCAUCCAAAAUGGAUUGGGUAUCAAGUUAUCUUCGGUUUUGGCCUGGGCCUCGGUGUCCAACAAGCGAAUGUCGCUGUGCAGACGUGCCUAGAUCCUGUCGACAUUCCGGUCGGCGCAUCGCUUCUUAUGUUUUCGCAACAGUUAAAUGGAGCGGUGUUUCUAGCGGUCGCGCAGAACCUUUUCACGAACUUCCUCACAGCAAACCUGAACGACAUUGAAGGAAGCUAUGCAACAUGGGUCAUUGCAAGUGGCGCGACUACCAUACGAAAAUUGGUGGCGCCUGCAAAGCUGGCAGUGGUUCUUAAAGCGUACAGCGACGCCAUCAUGAAGACAUUCGUUCUGGCGUUAGCCAUGUCGUGUCUGGCUCUUUUCCCGACACUUGCUAUGGAGUGGAAGAAUGUAAAGAGGGUAGCUAAGGGCAUUGAAAAUGGUGAUAAUGCAUCAGGGAGUAGUGAUAACACGAGGCAGCCUUUGGGGGCAUGCUGA